AUGGAUUGGGACGAAGCAGCGUUAUGGCGAACCUUUAGCAGAUAUGGGGCGGUUGUUGAUGUGUACAUUGCUAAGAAGCUGAAUAGGCUAAAGAAGAGGUUUGGCUUUGCUCGGUUCUUGCGAGUCCAAGAUGUGGCAGCAUUUGAAAAACAUUUAAAUGGGAUCUGCAUUGGAGCACAAAAGAUCAGUGUUAACAUAGCAAGGUUUGAUAGACAAGAAGCAAGAAAUAAGCCGCUAACCCCCCCCCCCCCCCCCCCCACUAGACUAGUAAAUUCACAUGUAGCUGCACAGAAAAGGUAUAAAUCCUUCGCUGAUGCUGUAAGAGGUGCAGAACCUGGACAUACAGAGGUAGUCGAAGGAAAGGAGAUAAAUGAAAGAGCAGAAGAGGGAAAGAAAUCGAAAGAAAGAGUGAUCAAACUACUAUCAACAACGGAGUCAAGAGAUUACAUGCAGAACACUCUGGUGGGGGAAGUAGAAAGUUUCCAAGCACUCAUGAACGUGAAAGCCUUUCAAGAGGUCGAAGGCUGCCCAAAGAUCUUCAUGCGAUACCUUGGGGGAUUAAAAAUGUUACUUGAAUUUACCAAUGUAAAAGAGAAAGAGGAUUUCCUUAUUAACGGAGAAGAGAUCUGGAAGCCAUGGUUCAAAAAAUUAGAUCCUUGGUCAAUAGGAUGCAAUUUUAAUGAUCGGAUUGCAUCACUAAUUAUACAUAGGGUUCCUCAACAUGCUUGGUGUGAAGAAGCUUUUAGUAUCAUCGCUAGCACUUGGGGAAAGGUAGUUAUUCCAGAAGAAUGCAUCACUGAUUCUCCUAAUCUUGCUUUUGGGAGGGUUGGAAUAAUCACAUCUCAUCCUGGCCUCAUCGAUACUGCAAUUACAAUAAUGGUGGAUGGUAGGCCAUUCGUGAUCAAUAUCAUGGAGGAUUUGUUUGAAUCACUUAAACUCAGCCCUGUCCUAGCAACAAACGACUAUUACCCUAAUACGACAUGGUGGAACGAAGCUGAUUCAUGCGAUAAUAUAAGUAGUAAUGGUGAAAGUGCAAUGCAAUCGGAUGAUGAUGAAGCUACGCCGGUAACAUCUCCGGUGAGUACUGACCGGAGACAUGAUCUGAAAAAUUGUCGGGAAGACGAAGAGACCCACGUUAGUAAUUCAUUCACUGUUCCCGAGAAAGUGGCACGCAUUCUCAAUGCUGAUGACCGUUCGAGAGAACAUGAAGCGACAAAGUCGUUAUUCCUAUGGAGUACGUAUCCAGGGACUUCUUCACCUUUGGGCCAAAAUAGUUGUUGGGCUAGAAACUCAUCAAUAAAACAGAUUUCUCGAUCCAGGCCCACAAAAUCGCUGGAUCUUAAUCAUGUUCCUUCUCAAUCUACUUCACCCCUCCAGUCUAAAAUUUCUGGCGAUGACUCUAGAUCGCUCUCAGCCGCCCAGAGAAAAAAUCCUCUCCUUUCUCCUUCUUCACGGAACUCUUUUUCUAACCCCUGUGAGGAUGGUCCAAACGAGGUGAGGCAAGCUCAAACUCAAUCAGGGGAUUCGAACUCCACUACCUUGGAGAUAGUCAAGACAAUUGAGGUGGGGGAAAAACUGGGUUUCCAGGUUAGAAAUAGUGCUGAGCAACUUAGGAAAAUGAUCAAGGCACGUGGAGUAACAAUUGUGGAUCAAUGA